AUGGGAAAUCAAAUAUCUACAUUAAUAGAUAACAGAACAUUAGCCACAAGAAAUUUGAAAACAUUUACAGAUCAGACUAAACAUUCAAAUAAUUUCUAUGAACAAUUACAACGCGAAACUUCUAAUGACAGAGACAAAAUGGUCAAGCACGAACUAUUUUCAAAUGUUAAAAACCUGAAGGAUGUUAAAAUUUUUAUGGAAAACCACUCAUAUGCAGUUUACGAUUAUAUGACUCUGCUGAAAAGUUUGCAACAAAGAUUCACCUGUGUAAAAUCAGCUUGGGCGCCUCCGAAAAAUCAAAUUGCUGCUAGACUUAUAAACGAAAUUGUUCUGGCAGAAGAAACUGAUGAAAUUGAGCCAAAAGCAUUUAUGAGUCAUUAUGAACUUUAUCUAAAAGCAAUGACCCAACUGGGAGCUAACACCAAACCAGUUAUUGCAUUAACAAAAGCGAUGGAACAAACAAAUGAUCCAAAGAAAGCUCUCAAAGCUGCACGAAAUGAAGGAGCAUCUGAUCAUGCAUUGAAAUUUCUGGAAGAAACGUUUCAAAUAAGUUUUGAUACGAAUAUUCCAGAUUAUGUGGUAGCCACAUAUUUUUUAUUUGCAAGAAAAGAUCCAAUACCCGACAUGUUUAGAAUGAUACAAAAAAAGACGAGCAGUUGCUGUAGUGACAAUAGUAAUGUUACUCUUCUUCUUGCUUUUGACUAUUCCUCUGCUUUUGAUACUGUUGAUCAUACUAUUCUCUUGAGGCUGCUAGAGCGGAUCUCAAAACCCAUCUGUUUGCAAAAUUCAUUGAGGAGAGCUGUUGAACAUUGCGGAAAUAGCGCUUUAUCAAUCAAUUUAUCCCUCUUGAUAAAGUCGUAG